UAGAAUUCUACCUCCAUGGACUGUGCAUGCAGUAUGUGUCAUCAAAAUAUCCGGUUGGUGAAGUAUUACACUUGUGAAUUCCCGAUGAUAGUUUCCAGUAGUUUCGGAUGUGAAGUAGAUGCUACUAAUUCCUACUAGCCAAUAAUUAGUAGUACAACACGAGGCCCACUGGGAAAGAAGCUAGAAUAUUAAAUGUACGGACCAUGGUCGCAUGUUCCUUCAAUCAAGGAUCUGUUAUUCUUCGACACUGAGGCUCGAAAUGACGUGUUUAUAGAGGUCAUCAUCAAACAACAGCAAAAUGUGAUUGUCAAGUAAUCUGUGAGCGAUUGCCUCACUGUGUGAUCAUGCAGUACUGCUUGAGUAAAGAUUUGAUUGAAACAACAUGUGGACUUCUGCAAGUUUGGCUAUAGUGGACCCAGCCCACCAGUGGAAGGUCACAGGGUGGGUGGAUAGAGCAUAGCCACGGCGAGGAGCAGCCAAAUAGUCUCACUAUGGCUCUCCCUGAUCGAAUACUUGCCAUGAUGGAUCUGUUCAAAUGCCAUCUCACGUGGGAGGAGCUCGCGCCCAUCGCCAACGACAAAAGCACCCUCAGCCGUGAGGAGGAUAUACUUGCCAUGGAGACUUUAGACUUUCUUGACCGGCCGACCUUUUACACAGCUACGCGGAACCUUCAAGGGUUCAUUGCUUACUAUCUACAGAAAGUGGAAGAAGCACGGCUCUUUUUUGAGGACGUCUUAGACAAAGAUAACAAUAACAUUAAUGCACUUGCCAGUCUUGCCCACAUCUUCAAAGAACUCUAUCAUUUGGAUCUGCACAGCAGUUACAUCAACAGGCUUAGCUUAGUCUUGGAUAAUCUGAGCCUGGAGGAGAGAGCAAGAGCGUUUGCAGAAAGAUCUUUCGCCAUCCGUAACUUUGAACAAUUUAAACGCUGCUUCAGAUACAUGACGUAUAUUGAACGUGCUGCAACCAUCGGCAAGAAGUGUGCUGGACCUGAGCGAGCAGAGUGGUUCUUUGACCACGCCUUGGCUCUUUACAGGCGAGAUGUCCAGAUGUUGUACUUGAGAAGGCUUCACUUGGAGGAUGGUGGGUGUUUCGAUAGUUCAGAUUGUUACUCUGACACCCGAAUAAAAGAGGGAUUCCAAAAUGCAUGCAGAUACUUCCUGGAUGUAGCACUGAUUAGCCCAUCAAAGGACUAUCAGGCCCUGUCAUGGGUCUUUCUGGGGAUUCUUGUAAAUCAUGAUCCUGAAAACAGAAAUCUUGCCGAUGUGUUUCCGAACAAGUCGGGCUACCACCUCACCGCAGAGCAGUGCUUUGAAAAAAGUUUGGAAAUACACCCAGAUUAUUGUAUUGUACUCCGUCGAGUCGGAGCAGAGUAUGUGAAACUGGGGAGGUUCAAAGAUGCUAAGAGAGCCCUGGAUAAAGCUUUGGAAAUUAUGCCGUCCCGAUGUUCAUAUCGCUAUCGAGCAGAGUUGUUCGUGAAGAUGUACGAGAGUUCUUAUGAGGCGGAUGAACAGGUAAAAAGAGAAUGGCUGACAGCUGCAGUUUCAGACUUUGAGGAAGCCCUUAAGAUGUACGAGUCCCAUGCUGACCUCUCGGAUCUUGGAUAUGUUCUCUUUCUCCUUGGUGAUAAUGAAAGGGCCCUCGCCAAGUUUCGUCAGGCCACAAACAGCAAGCAGGAUGACUAUUGUGACCCGGUGCUGACUCACCAGCGAUGGGCAGAGUGCCUUCUGGCGAUUAACCAACUUAAAGGAAGCCAAUUGCAAUUAGAACUGGCACAAGAGACACUCACAAAGAUCCUUAACACGCCGCUUAUGGAGGAGCAGUGCGACUCUCACUUCACGCAUGAUUUUGAAUUCUACAACACCAAAGAGAAGCCUGGCUUUGUUCGUGUUCUGCAGGACCAUCACUUCUGGACAGUUUGCACAGAGCCAGGCUUCCCUGCAGCAGCUAACCGCGACCUAGCAUUUACAUUUGAUGCGUUUCUGUGUUACGCAGAACAGAACAAGCGCUGGGCUAUGGCAUUUGUAGAAAAGCUUGAGUCGGAGUACAACCUUCGGUGCUGUAUCGAGGGGAGGGAUUUCCAAGUUGGUAAGAAGAUCACCAAGAACAUUAUAGAGUGCCUGAAGCAAAGUUAUCGGUGCGUGAUCCUCUUCCCGGGUGAUGGAGGGUCGAUGUGCCACUCCAUGGACCAUGCCGAGAUCAUAUCACAGAAGAGGAAAGAUGGAUUCAUCAUACCCAUCAAGCUAAAGGACUGCCCAAAACCUGAAGAGCUAGAGCCUCUGACAUUUAGAGAGUGCACAGAGGGUCAGAUUAAAAAGGAACACUGGGAUGAGAUUGUAAGGCUGUGUCGACAGACCACAGGUUAAAAUGAUUUAAAGAUGCUGAAGCCUUUAACGGUUAGUGCAUCGUCAACUGAAAGCUCCAGCUUAGAGUCAUUCUCUCAUGUACGACAUCCUUGACCUGGACUCCGCUCAAUUUUAGACGUUACUUUAUUCCAUGUGCCCAGAACAUACACUGGAAGAUUGUAAGGCUGUGUCGACAGACCACAGUGUGAAAUGAUUAAAAGAUGCAGAAGCCUUUAUUGGUAAGUGCAUCUUCAAGACAAAACUCCAACUUAGCUUCGCUCUCUCAUUGACCACAUAACUUUGGUAGACCCGGACUCUGCUCAAGUUUGAACAUAACUUUACUGUGCCCAGAACAUACACUGGGAUGAGAUUGUUAGGCUGUGUCGACAGACCACAGGGUGAAAUGAUUAAAAGAUGCAGAAGCCUUUAACGGUAAGUGGAUCUUCAACACAAAGCUCCAACUUUGCAUCAUUCUGUCAUGUUCCACAUCCAGGACCUGGACUCUGCUCAAGUUUAGACAUUGCUGUUCUCAAAGUGCCUAGAACAUACAGCACAGCUGGUGGCCAUGCAUUCCAGGCACAUGCACCUUGACUCUGGAAUGAGCUUCCACAGUGCACAGUCCCCUUCCUUGGAUGCUUUUAAGAAGACUCAUCUGUUUGAACAAUGACCUGCAUGUUCGCCUGUACUAUUUGGUUGGUUCGAGACUCUGUUCAGCGUUGUGCUCUAUAAAUGUAUUUAUUGCAUUAAUGGUUGUACCAAAGCAAGCUUAUCAAAAAAGACGAGAGUGUACCUACUGUCAAUGAGUGGAUAGCCAAUUAUUUUCAGUUCGCCACACUCUAGGACCGAAGUAGACUUGUGGAGAGAGCUGCUCUGAGUGAGACUACUGCUCUACUGACUAUCUUCUCUCAUUUAAAGGAACACGUUGCCUUUGAUCGGACGAGUUGGUCUAUAAAA